AUUGCGGCAAAGGACGGUCAGUGUGUGUGCGACAGAUUUCCCAAAUGUGGCGUCAUCCCUUUUUGAAGCUCCAGAAGCUUCUAUUAAUAUAAAAAAAGAUAGCACCGACAUACCUUCAGAGAGAGAGAGAGAGAGGGAGAGAGAGAGAGAGACGGAGAGAGAGGGAGCAUGAGAGAGCGAGAGAGAGAGGGUGAGAGAGUGAGGGAGAGGGCGAGCGAGGCAUAGAGGGAGAGAGCGAGAGAGCGAGAGAGCGGAGUACCGAAUGUGAGCUGAGGUCUGUAUCCCCUGCCGGUCAUACCGGACAGUGAAACUCGUGUUGCUCUCAGUGCCGCAGCAGCAGCAGCAGCGCGCGACUACACGCUCCUCGGUCGCCGUACGUUCACGCUGACCGAAAACUUCGGGGAUUUCACUAUAUUGUUUUUUAUCCGCCCUUAUAAAAAACGAGGAUACACGUUUGGCUACGGACGAGGAUCAGACUCGAAUUUACCAUGCCGGAGGAAAAAGUGUUACAGCAGCAGGCUGUCCACAGCCCUCUGGAGCAGCCAAAGCCCAAGCAAGGAGCCCAAGGUGGAGCAGGAGGAGGGGGAGGUGCAGGCGGAGGUCGCACGGGAGGAGGCCCCAUCCCCUGUCAGAACUGUGGCAAGCCGUGCAAGGGCGAGGUGCUGCGCGUGCAGAACAAACACUUCCACAUCAAGUGCUUCGUCUGUAAAGUGUGUGGCUCAGACCUGGCCCUCGGUGGCUUCUUCGUGCGUCAGGGCGACUACAUCUGCACCCUGGACUACCAGCGGCUGUACGGCACGCGCUGCUUCAGCUGCCAGGAGUUCAUCGAGGGGGAGGUGGUGUCCGCACUGGGCAAGACCUACCACCCUCGCUGCUUCGUCUGCGCCACCUGCAAACAGCCCUUCCCAGCUGGAGACAGAGUGACGUUCAACGGCAAGGAGUGUAUCUGCCAGCAGUGUACCCAGCCUCUGGCCCCCAACAGCCCUGCACCCAUCCAGGCUGUCCACAACUGCUGUGGCUGUGGGAAGGACUUUAAGAACGAGCAGUCCCUGGUGGCGCUGGACAAACACUGGCACCUGGGCUGCUUCAAGUGCAAGGUGUGCAGCAAGGUGCUCAAUGCAGAGUACAUCAGCAAGGAUGGGAUCCCGUACUGCGAGCAGGACUACCACGCCAUGUAUGGCAUCCAGUGCGAGAACUGCAAGAAGUUCAUCACCGGCAAAGUCCUGGAGGCCGGAGAGAAGCACUACCAUCCCACGUGCGCACGCUGUGCACGUUGUGAGCAGAUGUUUGGCGAAGGAGAGGAAAUGUACCUGCAAGGAUCUUCCAUCUGGCAUCCUCCUUGCAGACAAGCCGCCAGGCAGGAGGAGAAGAGCAAGUUAACCCCGUCUAGUCCUCAGAAGCAGGUGCGGAUACAGCUCACUGAGCCACAGGUGACCAGGACUUCUUCUGAGAGCAUCACCUCUGUCCAGGCCUCCAGUGCCUCCGGCUCACCCAGCAGGAUCAUCUAUGCUAAACUGGGAGAUGAGACCCUGGACUAUAAGGACCUGGCCGCCCUUCCGAAGGUCAAGGCCAUCUACAACAUCGACCGGCCCGACAUGCUAUCCUACUCCCCCUACGUCAGCUUCCCCUCAGAGGAGAGGGCCUACAGCGAGUCCUCAUUGCCACUCACCCCUGCUUCCGUGGAGGGGGAGGGGUCCCCGCGGCAGCGGAGACCCUCCAGCCCCGGCUCCAACAGCUCUCUGGGGGGCUACGGCCGCAACACCCCCACCCGCUCCCCCCAGAACUACAGCCGCACAGGUCCUGAGGCUAACGUCAGCGCUAGGUACAGCGGGCAGGCCUAUGAUUCCAACUCCCUGCCCCUGCCCCCCACUCUCAAGUACCCCUCCUCCACCAUGGCCGGCGGCCCGUCCCCCAUCCCCGGGUACAGCAUGGGUGGUGGCGGGGCGGCCAACAGUAGAUGCUGCUCCCCCACGCCACCGGGGGGCGGCGGAGCGUUAGCCCUGCACCUCAACCCCACCACCCUGGCCAUGCUCCAGCAGCACAACUACAUCCCCUAUUACAGAGGGUUUUAUGUGGACCCGUUAACUGACUCUAAAUCUAGGAACUCCUUGCAGCUCAAUUUACCUCCUCCCAAUGGCAGUGAAAGCGGUCGCAGCACCCCCAGCCUGUCCACGUAUUCCGACGGGAAGUCGCCGUCCUCCGCCACCACCUACAUGGCCGCGCCCCGGCACUUCCACAUACCAGAGACUAAGGUCAAAGAUAAUAUCUAUAGAAAACCCCCCAUCUACAAACAGCAUGCCUCUAGAACAUCGUGGCAGGAUGGGGAGGAACCCAAGAGAACCAGCUGGAUGAUCCUGAAGAACGAGAUUGACGGACAGCCCGGAUCAGAGGAGCUGGACCCCCGCAAGUCCACCUGCAGCCUGCCCACCGACAUCUCCCAGCCCAACUUCCCCUACAAUAAAUCGGCCUCCUUGCCAGGCUAUGGAAGAAACGGAAUAUACAAGGCUGCGGAGUUGCCUGAGGAUGAGGUAGACACCGACUGCAACAGCUGGGGAGGAAUGAGAGAAUACAAGAUCUACCCCUACGAAAUGCUGGCAGUGACCCACAGAGUGAAAGUGAAGCUUCCCCGAGAUAUUGACCGCACAAGACUGGAGAGGCACCUCUCCCCGGAGGACUUCCAGCUGGUGUUCGGGAUGACCCUGGCCCAGUUCGACCGCCUCGCCCUCUGGAAGAAGACCGACAUGAAGAAGCAAGCUCGUCUUUUCUAAAUAAUCACUCAGACCCGCCGACAAAAAUCUCUCGUCCCUCUUUGUGGAUGCCUCCCCUGUGCGAGAAAAUAUUAAUAACAAGGGGGACACAAAAGGACCCAUCCGGAGAAUAUCCCUACGUACCAACCCCUAUGUAUGUACGCCCCCCCUCCUCGACCCCUCGCCCUCACCUCGCCCCCUCCCCACGGACGGUACCGCCGUUAGAUUGCGCCGUGCACCUGCAUCAAUCCCCGCCGGGCCCCCCCGUCUCCCACCGGCCAGCGUCGCCAUGACGACCGUAAGAGGCUCCCUGUGUGCUUCCCCCCUGUAUGAGCCUUGGCCCGACCGUGUGUGUGUGUGUGUGUGUGUGUGCUUGAGGGGGCGACUGGCGCGGAGGUAGCGGGGAGGGAGUUUGGUGGGGUGUGGGGUUCAUUUGCAUGGCCUGUGUCACGACCCCCCCCCUCCCCUUUGCCAUCUUCCUACCCCUUGUAACCCCCCCCAACCCCACCCCAGCACACCCCAAAUUCACACGCACACACACCUCCCAAGCUUGACAUAGAUAUGUGUUGAAGCUGCCUUCUCUUCUGCUUUUGGCGUGCUAGCGUUCUGACAAUCCUCCCCUAUGCUAACCUAUGCCAACCACUCAGGGUGAACUACCCGUCGAGCUCACCUCGUUGUGAAUGAGCUGACCUGGUUAAAACAUUGUCUGUAGUUUACCAUGGCCAUGAGUGUGUAUAUAUAUAUAUAUAUAUAUACGUAUAUAUAAAGAGCGCUCUAUAAUCUAGUUUAGACUACCACACGUGCUACAAAUAAUGCUACACAAGAGUAGCAUGAUGCUACGUAAGGUUCGCAUGAUGCGACACGAGAGUUGCAUUAUUAGUCAAUAUGUGAAUGUGUAUGGGAAUGCAUUACUAUUGUAAAUAAAUGUAUAUUGGAAUAUGCUAUCAUAAACUGUAAAACGUGGUACUAUGCUAGCUACAUACAUGUGAUUAAAGUGAGGCUAGCAUUAUAUUCAAACCAUAAUAUCAACUCCUAAAUUGUAUGAAAACGUGCUACUGAAUAGUUGUUAUUCCCUAACCCUGAAUACACAGCCUACUGCAUAUAAAUGUGUUACUAAUUCACCCUGAGUGGUAGGGGAGAUUGUCAGAACCCAGGUAUUCUAUUGCGCUUCAAAUCUUUUGUUUUUAUUUCUUUAUCGUUGUUUUUAUUUUAAAAUGAGGUCUGUGUCAUUGUAUUCUCUCAAGCGUAUCAGAUAUACGGUUCUGCCUUGUUGUAAAGGUGUCUCUCUCUUUCUAUCUCUCAACUGUCGGCCAUCUUGGCUCUGUUGACCUGACUGUAGCAUGUUUCCUGUCAGGCCCUAGACUUGUAUCUAUAGAUAACAUCAUGAAUCACUUUUAAGGGAGUAGAAGUACAUCAAGUAUGAGUUUGUUGUUCUAUUUGUGUUAUGUGCAAUGACGACAUACUGAACUUUGAGCUCAGAAAAGCAGUUAUUUGGUUGUGUGUGGAAAGGCUGAGUCACACUGAUGCAUUUGCUUGUCUAAAAGGCCAAAAUGGAGGCAAGCUUGCGUGUAUAAAUAAUAGAGCAAUGUGUUUAUAAAUAGAGAAAUACACAGAGGACCGAUAGGUGGCCUAGGCAUAGGAGAUGGGAGAUCACAAAUAGACUACAUUUGAGUGUAUAUCUAUUUCAUUUUAUUUAGAAUUGCAAUCAUCGCAGCCCUAAUAAUUUCAUCAAAACUCUUUAAUGAAGGGAACAGUGCACUCUGGGUUUUAUUGUGUUAAGAGACCACCAUGACAGGGAUAACAAACAGCACAUGUUUGUUAUCUGUUAUCUUGAAUCUCUAUUUCUAAACAUUUCAAUACUCUAAAGGUAUCUUUAUUGUAAGGGUUAGGUUUUGUAUUGCCAUGUUAUUUUCUAGUACUAUGGGUUGAAGGACGAGGAAAACAGGGGGGGGGGGGGGGGGGGGGGGGGGG